GUCACCGCUGAUAAAUCACAAUCUCAAUAAGUCAGACGCAAUCUAGGAUGUUGUCGAUGCUGAAUCCAACUUCCUCUUCAACAACACAGCUACCUGAUCUCUGUUUCGGAUAACCCGUGACGAGGCAAUGGCCGCAAAUUGGGGAACACAAGGCACUGGAGAUUUUGUUCCCACUUCUCACGCAACUCCAUACGCGGCCACCGACCCGAAGACCACCGCUCUCCCGGCUCCCUUCACCGUCUGCAUAGUCGGUGCAUCACGCGGAAUCGGAGCAGGUAUAGCCACAAGCUACGCCAAAGCUGGCGCUUCCUGCCUCAUUCUCUCAUCUCGUCGGGUCUCUGGGCUCGAAGAAACUGCCGCUGCAUGUCGUGCCAUCAAUCCUGAUAUCCGCAUAGCCGUUAUACCUUGCGACAUCACUUCUGCUCAAUCGGUGGCUUCUCUUGCGAAGGAAGUCCGUGAGCAGUAUGGACGUCUCGAUGUGGUCGCCGUCAACUCUGGCUACUGGGGACCAGUCGUUCUCACCAUGACAGAUACGGAUCCGGAGACAUUCUCAAAUGCGAUCAACGUGAACUAUACCGGAACCUUUCUCUGCGCAAAGUACCUCACACCACUGCUCUUGGAAACUGAAGAUGGAGCAAAGGCGUUCGUCGGAGUCAGCAGCUUUGCCUCGCUGAUUGUGCGAGGUCCGAUUGCAAACGCCCAGUACUGCGUGAGCAAAGCGGCGCAACUCAAGUUGCUGGAGCAUGUGCACGAGCAGUAUCACGGUCAAGGACUAGCGACAUAUGCUGUGCAUCCGGGUGCGGUCUUGAGUGAGAUGGCGGAGGAGACUGCACCUGAUGCCUUCAAACCAUACCUCACGGACUCGCAGGAGCUGUGCGGUGCGUUCUGCGUGUGGCUGACGAAAGAGAAGACGAGGGUUGAGUGGUUGAGUGGCAGGCUGCUGAGCGCAAAGUGGGACGUAGAGGAAUUGGAGGGACGGAAGAGAGACAUCGUGGACGGAGACCUUCUCAAGAUGAAGCUUUCGUUGUAG